AUGCAGCAAAUGUGGAUGUCCUACAUGUUGUUGGCAUUGGCCUUUUUCGUUUACAACCUUGCAGUAAGCUGGAUCGUCCACCGACUGAAAAGCCGAAAUGAUAACCACACUACCACUAACGUUACCAAUGGCACCACAAAUGUCCCAAGAAGAAUAUUAUCUCGAUGGUCGCUACUGAUCGACUGUCUUUUUCGACCCCUGUUCUCUGACCCAGCACACAGUCUACAGGAUUUAGAACUUGACGAAAGUGUUGAACCAUUCCUUGAACGCCUUGCAUUACCUAGUUUGUGGCUGACGCCCACCGUGCCAACGGAUUACCUGAAAUUCCUCCCUGUUUGGCGAUUUGAAGGCGGCAGUGCUGAAGAGCCGCCGACCAUGAACUGGAUCCCAGAUGCGGAUUGCGCUAUUUGCUUGGACAAAUACCGCGUCGCUGUUGACGUUUGCGGUCUACCGUGCGGUCAUCAGUUUCAUCGUAAUUGUAUCAUGGUCUGGCUGCAGCGAGACAAUCAUCAUUGUCCAACUUGCAGAUGGCCAGCUUAUCAAAACAAAAGUUUUUCUAUUUAA